GAGAGUCCCCUCCCUUCACUCUCUAAAAUCUGUCUCCCUGCGUUCUGUCCUCUCCGCAGCAUUCACUAGCAUUCUCAGUCAGUCAGAAGAAUUCCAACACUCUCCCUUCUGCCUGCUAGUCUAAGUGCAGGCUGGCAUCAUGAAGAUGCUGCAGGGAGAUUUGCCACUCACCCUCCUGCAGAUUGUACUACUGGUUGGUGGUGGAUUUACUCAACAACAGGGCCAGGUCCCCGACAAGAAACCACCACAACCUGGUACAGGAGAGAAAGGGACACAGAUCAUCAUCCCUGGACCAGAGAGAACGAACUCUUUCCAAGAUUGUCCUGUGGAUAUCUUCUUUGUAUUGGAUACAUCAGAAAGUGUUGCCCUGCGUGUGAAACCUUUCAAGACGCUGGUCAAUCAAGUGAAGGACUUUACUAAUAGGUUUAUAGAUAAACUCACUUCCAGGUAUUAUCGUUGUGACCGUAACCUUGUGUGGAAUGCUGGAGCUUUGCACUACAGUGAUGAAGUAAUCCUUAUUCGUGGUUUGACACCACUGCCCAACGAGAAAGAUGCCUUGAAAGAAAGUGUUAAAAAAGUUGAAUACAUUGGGAAAGGAACACACACUGACUGUGCUAUCAAAAGGGGCCUUGAAGAAAUCCUUGUUGGGGGCUCGCACAUGAAUGAAAACAAAUAUCUCAUAGUGGUAACAGAUGGACAUCCCUUGGAAGGUUAUAAGGAACCUUGUGGAGGACUUGAAGACGCAGCUAAUGAAGCCAAACAUCAUGGUGUUAAAAUAUUUUCUGUUGCCAUUUCACCAAACCAUCUGGAAUCCCGCCUUGGUGUUAUUGCCUUUGAUCAAAAUUAUCGAAAGAACUUCACCGCUACAAGUGCCUCUGGACUUCCCAUUGAGGAGACAGAUCACACUAUAGAUACUAUCAUUGAUACCAUUAAAAUGAAUGGUGAGCAUGGGUGCUGCAGUUACGAGUGUCAGGCUCCCAGAGGACCUACUGGAGAUAUAGGUCCAGCUGGUGCUGACGGAGAGCACGGGAAACCAGGACUCCCAGGAGAUAAAGGACCACCUGGUGAUCCAGGAAGGCAAGGAGAUAUUGGACCUGAAGGGUACCAGGGAAUGAAGGGAGACCAAGGUGUCAGAGGAGAGAAGGGUUUCAGAGGCGGUAAAGGUGCAAAAGGUGAAAAGGGAAAAAGAGGAAUUGAUGGAAUUGAUGGGCAGAAGGGGGAUGAUGGAUUCCCUGGACUUUCUGGUUGCAAAGGAUCUCCUGGAUUUGAAGGAGAACCUGGAGGCCCUGGACCAAAAGGAGAUCCUGGCUCAUAUGGACCAAAAGGAGGCAAGGGUGAAGCUGGAACCCCAGGGAUUCCAGGCAGAUCUGGAAGUACUGGGAAUCAAGGUGAUAAGGGAGACCCAGGAGACAAUGGCCCACAAGGAGAGAAGGGCGAGUCUGGAGAUGAGGGGGAUGCUGGACCAGAUGGACCUCCUGGUGAACGGGGUGGACCUGGUGAACGUGGCCCUCCUGGAGUCUCUGGUGUACGUGGACUUAGAGGAGAUAAGGGUGAACCAGGACCACAAGGUGAACAAGGAAGAGACGGACAAGCUGGAUUGUCCGGCGAUCCAGGCGAAGGUGGACCUCAGGGACCAAAAGGAUACAGAGGUGAUGAAGGUCCUGCUGGACCAGAGGGAAAUAAAGGACCAAGAGGAGCUAAAGGAUUACCCGGCGAGCAGGGGCCUGCAGGAGACAGAGGGGAAGAUGGACCUCCAGGAGCAGGGACAGAUGGUUUCCCAGGAUUUCAGGGAUAUCCUGGAGCUCGUGGAGAACCCGGAUCUAAUGGUACUAAGGGAUAUCCUGGACCAAAAGGAGAUGAGGGAGAACCUGGAGACCCUGGUAAUGAUAAUCUCACUCCUGGCCCAGAUGGGGCUAAGGGAGCAAAAGGCUACAGAGGUUCAGAGGGACCACCGGGACUUCCAGGACCCCCAGGACCUCCAGGCCCAGAUGAGUGUGAGAUCCUGGACAUUAUAAUGAAAAUGUGUUCUUGCUGUGAUUGCAUCUGUGGUCCCAUUGAUGUACUGUUUGUGGUUGACAGUUCAGAGAGUAUCGGUCAUACCAAUUUCCAACUUGCUAAAGAAUUUAUUAUAAAAGUUAUUGAUCGUCUAAUACGAGAUGAACAUGUCAAUUUUGAAGCGGAUGACUCUCGGGUGGGUGUUGUGCAAUACAGUCAUGGAAACACUCAAGAAGCUGUUGCACUGAGAGAUGCAAACAUCCAAACCAUUGGACAGCUGAAGGAGGCAAUACAGAAUUUGAAGUGGAUCGCAGGUGGAACAUGGACUGGAGAAGCCCUGGCUUUCACUAAAGACAAUCUACUGAACAUGUUUUCUUCUAAAAAGAGAGUGGCACUUGUUCUGACAGAUGGCCAUUCUGAUGUCUUGAGGGACAAGACUCCACUCAAUACCCUUUGUGAAGUCACUCCGGUAAUCUCUGUGGGAGUGAGUGACAUUUUCCAGGCUGCUGCUAACCCAGACCAAAUAGAGACAAUUUCUUGUGGUGGGACAACAUACAGUGGAGGUCUGACCUUGCAGAAGUCAAACUUUGCUGAGCUUCUAGAUGAUCAUUUCCUGCAGAAUGUAACUGCUCAUAUCUGCAAAGAGAAGAAGUGCCCAGAUUAUACUUGCCCCAUUGAAUUUUUUGUUCCAGCUGAUAUCACACUGCUCGUGGACAGUUCUGCUAGUGUAGGAAGCCUGAACUUUCAGACUACCAAGAGCUUUAUAAAGCGUUUGGCACAACGUUUCCUGGAAGCUAAAAGUCCGUCAUUUGAUGCCGUACGUCUUUCUGUGGUGCAGUACAGUGGGACUGCCCAACAGAAGGUUGAAGUACAAUUCCUGGCUAAUUACACUGAGGUAGUUGAUGCAGUGGAUAAAAUGGAAUUCCUGAAUGGUGCCACAGAUGUAGGAGCUGCUUUGCGGACUGUAACAGAGCUUUAUCGUGAAGAUUCCCUACCAACAUCAAGCAAGAAGCUACUGCUGUUCUCUGAUGGAAAUACAAUUGCAGAAGGAACACUUCAGGAAGCAAUCCGGGACGCACAGGCUGCUGGUAUCGAAAUCUCUGUACUGUCUUUGGGAAACCGACCAAACGAAGCUAACCUGAAGAUACUGCUAACAGGUGCUCCUGUCCCUGAUCGUCAGCUCUUCCGUGUCCCUGAUUAUCCUUCUCUGCUUCGGGGCGUUCUGUACCAGACCAUCACCCGCAGAGUUUCCCUCAAUCCCAAACAAUAAGGGCACAGAGUAAACCUCCCUUCUCCUGACAGCACACAAAGCCUGAGAUUGUACAUCUCAGAAUUCCACUGAUGCAGUGUGCUGAGAUUAUAGUCAAAGAAAUUUAACCUUAUUCUUUGACUGUAAUCCCAUCCCAAUCCCUGCAGUCCCUCAAAAUCUUUCUUGGAUCCACAAAUGUAUUCUACGGUACAUCGUGUAUAGAGAUGAUCUGUACUGAAAUCACAUUUCAUCUCAAAUUUUUCUAAUGACUUUUUAAAAUGGCCGAUGUGAGGAAUUAUAAAUUAAAUUCAUGUUUUAGUGAUGCUGAACACCCAUUUUCCACAGUAUGCAACCUGAUUUGGAAGGUUACAUUAAUAAUACAUUGCAGUUAUCAGAAUGCUAAUUUAGCAUUCUCUACCUUUAGAAUUAAAAGUUCCCAACAAGGGUGCAUUUUGUAUUUCCUUCUCAAACUUUGUUGUGUGUAUUUUUUUAAUGAAUAAACACACAUGCUUGUGCCUUGUUAAAAACUAGUUAAGGAUAGCAACCACUGUACCAUUUGAUGCCCAUUAUUUUAUUGAUAAUAUUUUAGACAUCACCAUACCAUCGACCAUUUUUUUUCUUCUGCCAUUAUUUCUAGAAAUGGGGAGAUGAGAAUAGAGGGGUUUUGUUGUAAGUGAGAAAAAUAUCAUUGAUUUGAGGUUAUGUUCAUUCCAAUGAGGUAAAAGUAGGUGCUGUAGGCAUAUAAAAACUACCAGAUUAAC